UCGCCGUGAAACAUUCGCUCAGAACGCUUCGAGAGUAAAGCCGAGUCAGCGUGAAAGGAACUUGAAUUUGCCACGAGGUGCACUAGUAAGCAUUACGCCGCUCUUGUCGCGAAUAGUUGGCAAAGUGAUUUACCGGGUAAUUAUAUUACAAUUUCUGUCAACGAGGCACACUACCUUGCGAUAUUGGAUAUGUUCGAAACUUAUUUUAUUUUAAUUUAAUUACAAUGGCACGUAUCGUGGACCUGCUGCUUAUAUACAGCUCCUUGAAUUUUUGUUGCUAUAGCAAUCUUGAAGAAGAUUGUACUGAUGGAUCUAAUGAAAAUCACUGCAACUUUAUUUCAGCACCAACACAGAUGUCAACACCAGAUUCACCAACUUAUAUAGCCGCUGUAGUAGAAUAUCAUCCAGAAUAUGCAAUAAAUAGUGAUGAGACUUUAAAGAAAAAUUCUGAUGCAUAUGUCAAACACAUUAAAACAGCUAGAGCAAAAAAUGCUGACAUAAUUGUUUUCCCAGAAGAUGGAUUAACAACAGUUAAACUUCCUGAAAGGGAAGAAAUGCAAGCUUGGACAACUAUUAUUCCUGCUGCUUCAUUUAAUUAUACUCCUUGUAUUGACAAUACUAUUGAAGUCAGUGAGACAUUGAAAAAAAUAUCGUGUGCUGCAAGAAACAAUACAAUCUAUGUGGUAAUUAAUAUUGCUGAGAAACUACCUUGCACUGGAGAUAAAUGUCCAAAAGAUAAGAUGUUUUAUUAUAAUAGUAAUGUUGUAUUUGAUCGUAUGGGAAAGAUUAUUGCCAGAUAUCGUAAAACGAAUCUUUUUGGGGAACGACAAUUUAAUGUGACAUCAGAACCGGAAAUAGUGAUUUUUGAUACUGAUUUUGGAGUCAAAUUUGGAACAUUUAUAUGUUUUGAUAUAUUAUUUCAUGAGCCUGCGUUACAACUAACAAGGCUUCAUCAAGUUACUGACAUUGUAUAUCCUACAGCAUGGUUUUCUGAAGCACCAUUUCUAACAGCUGUACAAACACAAACAGGAUGGUCAUUUAGUGAAGAUGUAAAUUUGUUAGUUUCCGGUUAUAAUGAACCUGCUUCUGGCAAUACUGGCAGUGGAAUUUAUUUAGGUCGUAAAGGAAUAGGGGAAGCAAUAAUGUCUAAAACUACAGGCGAUAAAAUAUUGGUAUUUGAAGUACCUAAAAAGGACAGGAUAUUUAAUAAGGACCAUUACGAUCAUUCAAAAGAUUACGAUCAUAAUGUUUAUAACUCUAAAAAAGAGAAUAUACACGAGGAAUUAUGGAAGAAGCAAUUUGCAAGCACAAUGGCAGAUAAUGAUACCGUAUUUUUGAUACAUGAGAAUAUUAAUGCUUUUGAAACGUUUUCCUUGGAAGGAAAUGUCACGAAAAAUAUGUGCAAAAAUGGCUUCUGCUGUGAUUUUAAAGUAGAAGUUGAGACAAUAGAUCCAAGUAAAAAAUAUCGUUUAGUAGCUUUUAGUGGUAUUCGUCUGUACGCUACUGUCGAAGCUGGCGUACGUGCAUGCGGUAUAGUUCAAUGUUUAAAUGACUCGAUCUCAUCAUGCGGUUCUGUACAAGAAUCGAGAACAAUAUUCAGUAAAAUUGAAAUCGAUACGACGUUCUACGAUUAUAAGAACAUUUUAAUCAUGCCGUCCACGUUACGUUCAGAUUUACUUCCGCUUUCUGAAAACUGGACGUAUAAUGAACGUGCUCAUGAUGAUCAUGUCCAUGUUAGUAUGCUUUUAAGCAAUAAUACAAAUAAUCUAACAACGUUUGGAAUAUAUUCAAGAUAUUUUAAUAAGAACAAUGCAAAUAAAGUAGUUUCUGAUGCUAUCUAUUAUUACAUAGUAUUAGUAAGUUUGUGUAUAUCGAAAUUAUAAUUUGUAAUAUUUUGUGUAUGUAACAAUUAUAUACAUUAUAUAUAGCUACAUAUACAUUAUAUAUAUAUAUCUAUUUAUGUGUAUGUUAAAUAUAUUAUAUACAUAUAUUAUUUUUUUUUAUAUAUAUAUUUAGAAAUUGUAUCUUUUGUCUAUAAAUUUAUUAAUGAUUUUUGAAUGGCUUUAAUAGUUCAACUUCAUCACUUUAAAAUUUUAAUUUUUGGUAUCAAAUAUAUUUUUUAUGUAUGUAUAUAUGUGCGCACGCUUGCGUGUGUAUCUUUUAUAUUAUUGACAAUUGAAGUGAGAAAAAAGACACAUAGAACUUUUGCGAAACUUCAGAUAUUAAACGUAUGUAUAUACAUGCCAAAUAGGCUAAUAAUAAUAAUACUAUAUAAAUGUAUUGAUAAUGUUUUAUUACUAAUAAAUAUGUCUUUUACAAAGCAA